AUGAAGAUAUGUCUACGCUAUCAACAAGGUAUUGGUCAGGAACUUGGUGUUAGUCAAGCAACGGUAUCUCGGACUGUGGAUAGAAUUGUGAACAGCAUAGUUGCACAGUCGAACGAAUGGAUCAAGUUUCCAACUACCAACCAUGAACUGGUGGAGGCCAAGCGGAUAUGGCAAAGCAUGUAUAAAUUUCCGACAGCAAUUGGUGUAAUUGAUUGUACACAUAUAGGAAUCCUGAAACCAAAUCGCCAUGGAAAUGAGUAUAUCAACCGAAAAGGGAAACCUACUUUAAAUGUGCAAGUCACUUGUGAUGCCAGAGAGAUGUUCACAAGUGUUAAUGUCAGCUGGUCUGGAUCAGUGCAUGAUUCCAGAAUAUGGAGAAAUUCACAGACUAUAUCACAACUAAUAAAUAAAGCAAAUGUUGUACUAUUUGGCGAUGACGGUUAUUGUAUUGAGCCAUGCCUCAUGAUUCCCUUCAGAAAUCCUACUCCAGGUGCAGAAAUAAAUUAUAAUAAGCUGUUAAAACAAGAAAGAGUUAUAAUUGUACGCUGUUUCGGCCGGUUUCCUAUCCUACAGUAUGUUUGCCGCGUAAAGUUGGAAAAUGUGCCGAAAAUAAUUAUUGCUUGUAUUGUACUCCAUAAUGUUGCGAAGAGCUUGGGCGAUCCUGACUUUGAGUUAGUUGAAUGA